AUGAUGCCAUAUGUAGCUAUUGUGAUUAUGAUGCUCAUUGGUAGGGUCGCUUAUUUCAGGGAUGAUAGAUCGUGUAUCAUUGGACUCCGAAAAUACGCAUCGUUAUCGCUACUCAUUUACGACCUAUAUAUCAAUAUAUUCCUGACAGGAAUGUUCCUGUGGCCAUUAUUCCGAAGCCGGUUGUCUAAUCCUAGGAUUAAGAAGAUGGCCAUGAGGACUCUGGUUGCAGCUUUUGCGGCUUUGACUACCUCUACCAUCAACAUCGCUGUAUUAACCAUCAUGCAUGGGCAGCAACUGGGGUGGGUUUGUUUGGGAAGCUGUGGUGCCGAUGUGACAGUCAACGCGUUGGUGCUGUUCUGGGUGACGGACAACAUCGCCCAGGGCGGAUCUGAGAACUCCCCCACUCAUUGCCCCACUAAUGCUCCUGGCGCCCCGGUCGUCUCGAACCAAUCUCUCCCAGAUGAUGAGGGCGUCAGGUCACACGUCCAUAUUUCUCGAGAACGUGUAUCGUCUGUGAUCCGACGAGGCGAGCCCGUAGUGUUUGGCAAGCCCACAGGUCGACGCAGCAAGAGCUUCAUAAGCAAGAUUGGAGAUGUUCUGAGGAGCAAGAAGGAUGAUGUUGAUGACGGGAUGCAUCAGAUGAGUGUUCAGGUAACGAUCACGACCGAACAACAAGGUGAUAUCAUGAUGAACGAUGUCAAAUAUGCUCCUCGCUCAGAGUCAAUCAAUGAGUCAAUUGGGACGAGCAGGAUGGAUCUCGAGAAAGGUGAGGUAGAGGAAGAAGGCGCAAAGAGACUGUUGUACUACCUGGCCACAGAAGAAAGGCAUAAUAUAGGUUGUUUUCUUUGA